AGAGAACAAGAGGGCAGUGCCUGGUGGCACAAAGAGGCGGAGCUUCUGGACUUUGCGACACAAAGAAGAGCGGGCAGAUACGGCUUGGGAGCCUUGGGCCUCCUAGUGGCUUUGCCCCAUAUCCGUGCGACCUGUGUGCGCUGGCUGAGACAGUAGACCACCGACCCCAGCAGUCCAGCCUGCUAUGGGAUGGAUGAAGAAGAAGAGAAUCACUAUGUUUCACAACUCAGAGAAGUCUUCAGAAGCUGUGACACCACAGGGACAGGCUUUCUGGACCAGGAGGAGCUGACCCAACUCUGUCUUAAGCUUCAUCUAGAACAGCAACUUCCCAUUCUUCUGAAAACACUUCUUGGAAAUGACUGCCAUGCCAGGGUUAACUUUGACGACUUUAAGGAAGGUUUUGUGGCAGUGUUAUCAUCAAUUGCUGGUGUUGGCUCCUCAGAUGAAGACAGUAGUUCAUUGGAAUCAGCUACCUCCCAUGCUGUCCCACCAAAGUAUGUGAGCAGCUCUAAGUGGUAUGGCUGUAGGACCCUACCUGAGCCGUGCAACUCUGCAACCAGAACCAAAUUUUUACCAGAACAGCAAGCCAAGUCCACUGUGAGAAGCCAGAUUCAACGCUCUGCAUCUCUGGAAAGUGUAGAGAGUCUCAAGUCAGAUGAAGAAGGUGAAAGUUCUAAAGAACCUCAGAAUGAGUUGUUUGAAGCAAAAGGCCAGCUGCCAACCUGGGGUUCCAAGGUCCUUGGGCACACUCAGAAGUCCUACACCUCCUGCUUUGACACCCCUGAGAGCCAGGUCUGGGACAUCUGGGAAGAACUAGGUGUUGGCAGCAGUGGUCACCUCAACAAGCAAGAGCUGGCUCUGGUCUGCCAGGGCAUUGGGCUCCAGGGACUCAAGAAAGAGGAACUGGAAGACCUGUUUAACAAACUGGAUCAAGACCAAGAUGGCAGAGUGAGUCUUGAGGAAUUCCAGCUUGGCUUGUUCAAUCAUGGACCCACUUCAUUUCUGGAAUCUUCCACUCCUGUCAAACUGAGGAGGUCCUGGUCUGAUUACCAGGUCCUGAAGGAGGGUGGCUGCCACACCAGCACAACAUCAUCUCUCAUGUCCAUGUGCUCAGGCCCGCACCUCUUCUGCAGCAUUGACAAUGGCACCGGCUUUGCCUUUCCUGAGCAGCUCAUUGCUCUGUGGGCCCAGGAGGGGAUUCAGAAUGGCAGAGAGGUUCUGCAGAGCCUUGACUUCAGUGUGGAUGAGAAGGUGAAUCUUUUGGAGCUGACCUGGGCCCUUGAGAAUGAGCUCAUGAUGAUCCAUGGUGCCACUCAGCAGGUGGCUUUGUCCUGCUACCGCCAGGAGCUGAGAUUCUGCCAGGGUCAAGUAGAGCAGAUGGUGAGGGAGCGAGACAAGGCAAGGCAGGAUCUAGAGAAAGCUGAGAAGAGAAACCUGGAACUUGUGAAAGAAAUGGACGAUUGCCACUCUACACUGGAACAACUUACAGAGAAGAAGAUCAAACACAUGGAGCAGGAGUACAGAGAAAGGCUGAAUCUCCUGCGGUCUGAGGUGGAGAUGGAGCGUGAGCUAUUUUGGGAACAGGCCUGCAGGCAGAGGGCUGUGCUGGAGAAGGACCUGGAGCACCUGCAGGCUGAGGAGGCCAGCCUCCAGGAGAAGCUAACCCUGGCCCUGAAGGAAAACAGUCGAUUACAGAAGGAGAUUAUUGAAGUUGUGGAAAAACUUUCGGAAUCAGAGAAGCUUGUCCUGAAACUGCAGAAUGAUCUGGAAUUUGUGUUGAAAGAAAAGCUGGAGCCACAGAGCACAGAACUCUUGGUCCAGGAGGAGCAGUUCAAGGAGAUCCUGAAGGAGUACGAGCUCAAGUGCAGGGACCUGCAGGACCGCAACGAUGAGCUGCAGGCUGCCAUAGAGGGUCUGCAGGCACGGUUGCCCCUGAGUUGGCAUGGCCAGCCCCAUGCAUCACCAAAUGGAUGGCUGCUUCCUAGACAUGGCCAAACAGGCAUCAUCUGCAUCCUGGGUGAUUCCACUCCAGUGAGUAUAGAAAUGGAGAUAAUGAUGGAGCAGAUGAAGGAACAUUACCAAGACCUCAAGAUCCAGAUGGAGACCAAGGUAAAUUACUAUGAAAGAGAAAUUGAAAUGAUGAAAAAGGACUUUGCAAAGAAGAAAAAGGAAAUGGAGCAGGCUUUCAAGCUUGAAGUCAGUGUGCUGGAGGAUCAGAGAACCAACCUGGAGGCCCUCCAUGUGAAAUCCCAGGAGGUCAUUCGAGGCCUGCAAGACCAGCUCCAGAGUACAACCCAUACCCCUGAGCUGGAGAGGGUGGAGAUGGAGCAGUACUAUACUCAGGCACUGUCUGGCUUGACUCACUGGCUGGCCCAGGAGAAAGAUCAGCUGGAGGAGCUACACCGGAGGAAUCAGCAUGAGCUACAGCAGUUCAGAAUUGAGUUGGAUAGGCUUUCUGAAGAAAACAUGAUGUUGAAAAAUGAGCUGGAGAGGAUUCAACAACAGCUCAAAUUUACACAAAGAACAAAUGAUACACAGAGGAAGGAAAUUGAGAUUUUAAAGAGAGACAAGGAAAAGGCCUGCUCUGAAAUGGAAGAGCUCAACAAACAGAGUCAGAAGUGUAAGGAUGAAUUGUUUCAGCUCAACCAAAGGGUCCUUCAGCUGGGAGAGAAGGCUGCUACUCAGCAGGCUCAAAUCAAGAAAAACUGCAUCACAAUUCAGCUGUUAACACAAAGCCUAGAGGAGGCUGGACACCAGACUGAGCUGCAGGGUGACCAAAUUCAAAAACUUGAACUUGAUCUUGAACACAUGAAUCAAGAAUGUCAGAGCCUGAGCCUGUCAUGGUCACAGCUGAGAGAGACCUUUGAAGAAAGUCAAAACCGGCAGGAAGAACAUAAAAAACAGCUUAAAGAUACAGAAGAGCGGAUAGAAAAAUUGGAAAUGAUUUCAAAGAACAUGGAAAUGCUCCUACAAGAAAAAGUGGCUGAGCUGGGACAGCAGUUUGAAAAGAACACAAAAUCUGAUUUGCUGCUCAAGGAGCUGUAUUUGGAAAAUGCUCAUCUGAUGAAAGCACUUCAAAUCACAGAAGAAAAGCAACGAGUAGCUGAGAAAAAAAACAGAAUCUUGGAGGAAAAAGUUAGCGCUCUCAACAAACUAAUUAGUAAGAUGACUUCAGCAUCCUUCUCUGUAUAUAUAGACUGAUUGUUUUCUUGGAAUUCAUUUUGAAAGAGCAUCUUUCAUGAUGCCAUAAUUUUUUAUGGCCCAUUGGUCAUAUACACCUGGACAUAUGAGCCAGAUACUGGGGAAAUAGACACAUUGGGAAAGACUACAUUUUUAUUAGCAGUCCUGGAUAAUUUCCUGGUCAUUGGUGAAGUCAGGUUAUAGAGGCUCUCAGCAAAGAGCUAAAAGAAAACACAGUAAAACAUUUCAUGUUGUGUUUUGACUUUGGCUGAAAGAUUAAAAUGCAAAAUUAGGGCUCUGUACAGUUUUACCAUUCCACCAUUACUACUUUGGGUUUAAAUCAUUAGUACCUUCAAUGGUGGUUCUAUACAAACUUUCCAGAAAGGCUUCACUCCCUGUGACUGUCACACAGUGGUAAAUGACAAAGUCAGGGACUGCUGCAGCAUGGGAUGAUGUUUGGACAGUGCUUAUGUUAGGUCUGUGGACUCAGGAAUAAUGAAUGGUAUUUACUGCAAAUGCAAUCUUUUCCUCACUGAAAUGUCAUCACACUGGAAAUUGUAUUAUAUGUUUUAAAAAUGUGUAGUUCUGUGCUCUGGCCAGGUGGCUCAGUUGAUUGGAGCGUCAUCCUAUAUACCAAAGGGCUGUCUGUGGAUUCAAUCCCCCGGUCAGGGUACAAACCUAAAUUGUGGUUCAAUGCCCAAGUGGGGCACAUAUGGAAGGCAACUGAUCAAUGUUUCUCUCUCACAUCAACAUUUCUGUCUCUCUCUGCAUUCCUCUCUAAAAUCAAUUAAAA